GUGCAUACAACAAAGGAUACCUUUCGCGCUCGUCACGUGAUAGUUACUGCUGGUGGAUGGACCAAUCAAGUACUGUCAUCGUUGGAUAUCAAGUUACCUCUCACUGUCACACAAGACAAGCCACGUUUGUUGCAACCCCAAAUUUGAAAGACUUUACUAAAGAAAGAUUUCCCGUAUGGUCUUUCCUUACUCCGAAAUAUCAUUUCUAUGGCUUUCCGAUGCAUGGCAACACUGGUGUUAAAAUAGGCAUGUCAGCAAGUGGUCCGACUAUCCAUCCUGACCAGCUGCCAUCAACACCAGAUCCAAAAAGAGAAAAAACCUGCCUUGAAUUCAUGAACAAAAGAAUGCCAAAGGCUGUUGGACCAAUACUGUAUACAAAGACAUGCCUGUAUGACAUGACACCGGAUCGUAAAUAUAUUAUAGAUUCUUUGGCGACGAAAGGUUACCCACAAAUUUAUGUAUGCAGUGGUGCAGGACACGCCUACAAAUUCGUUGGUUUGUUCGGCAAAAUAUUGAGCGAGAUGGUCAUCGAUGGGAGAACCAAAUACCCAAUUGGUCCAUUCAGGGUCGACAGAGAUGCGCUGACAGAUAAAAAUUUCGAACCUGAUUUCCAUUUUAAGAACAUUCCUAAAUCAAAAGCAAAACUUUGA